AUGUCUGCUUUCCUCUCAGAAUACAUCAAAUUUAUAGCACUUUACUUCAAGAGUAAGGAUGUCAUGGUCUUCAAUGGCCUCAUUGGUUUAGGAACAGUGGUUGGUCAGACAGCAUACAACAUCUUAGCUUUCAACUGUCCAUGUUUACCAAAGAAGAAUUACCUGUACGGCCUGGCUGCCAUUGGUGUACCAGCCCUGGCUUUCUUUGUUAUUGGGGUGAUGCUCAAUCGAAAUACCUGGGACAUUGUGUCAGAGUGUCGGACCAGAAGAUGCAUGAAAUUUUCGGUGACUGCUGCUUUUGCUCUGCUGGGCUCCAUUGUGGGCAGAGCAGUCGUUGCCCCUGUCACCUGGACUGUAAUUUCCCUCCUGAGAGGAGAGGCGUAUGUCUGUGCUUUCAGUGAGUUCAUGAACCCCUCAUCUUUGGACAACAUAUUUUUAACUACACCUGGUCCAGAGAUCAUGGCCCGGUUUCCAUGUAAAGAUGUACCUGCUCUAUUUAUGAACUACUCGGGAGAGGUUGAACGCAAGCUAAAGUAUGAAUCCCAGCUUUUGGGCUGGUUGCUGGUGGGAAUCAUCUCUCUCGCUGUCUUUCUGCUCCUCUGUCUGAAAAACUGCUGCUCUCCGCUUGGCUAUCAGCAGGAGGCAUACUGGUCCCAGUACUGCUCCAGCGAACAAGCUCUUUUCCAGCGUACGGCUGAAGUACAUGCUAAAUACCAUGCGGCUGAAAAUGUCAAGAGUUUCUUUGGCUUUGUGGCCUUGGAAAAUCAGGAGAAGCAGCUUCUAGCAGACUGCAAGGGAAUCAAGAGCGUCAUUCCUAGACUGGAGUGGAACCGCGUCACUGGGGUUUACAUGUACAGAGAGAUCGAUGACACUCCCAUCUACAGCCGCUUAAACAAAUGGACCAUGUAUACAACUGAACAUGACUGUUAA